AUGGAGAACAGGUCUAGUGCUCCAUAUAUUACUGUAGAUGGUUAUGUAGAGGUGCAGAAGUAUGGCAGUCUUUACUUUGUCAUUAUGUUUACAGCUUUUACACUAAUUGUGUUCAGUAAUAGCCUUAUUGUGUAUCUUAUAUGGAUUCACCCAAACCUCCACGAACCAAUGUACAUUUUCAUUGCUGCUUUGUCUGUGAAUUCUAUCAUCUAUAGCACCACAAUCUACCCCAAACUUCUGAUCGACUUUGUGUCUGAAACACAGAUAGUUUCUUAUGCAGGCUGCCUUUUCCAAUGGUUUACGUAUUACAAUUUAGGAGGUUCUGAAUUCAUGCUCCUGACAGCUAUGGCGUAUGACAGGUAUGUUUCUAUAUGUAAACCACUCAGAUACGCAAAUAUAAUGAGAAGAACCAACAUAAUAGUUUUUGUUGCGUUUGCGUGGCUGUUUCCGAUUUGCCAGACUAUUGUUCCAUUGUGUUUGAAUGCAAAGAAAAAGAUAUGUAAUUUUGUUUUUAAGGGAAUUAUAUGUAAUAGCACCGUUUACAAACUGUACUGCUCCAGUUCAACAGCACUAACCAUCUACGGGCUUGUGGUCUUUGUCAAUCUGGUCAUUUUACCGGCUCUUUUUAUACUUUUUACGUAUUCAAAGAUAUUUUUCAUCGCAAGACGUUCCAAUGAAAUGAAAAGGAAGGCGAUCGAGACCUGUCUGCCCCAUCUGGUAAUUUUGAUCAAUUUUACAGUUUUUAGUGCUUACGAUGUUCUUUUGUUGCGAAUUGAAACUGAAUCUACUAAAACAAUUCGUUUCAUAGUGACACUGCAAGUGAUAAUGUACCAUCCGUUGUUCAACCCAAUCAUUUAUGGGCUCAAAAUGAAGGAAAUCAACAGGCACAUCAAAAAGCUGCUAUGUUCAUUUAGAAAACAAAACUAA